AAUUGAAUUUUAGUUUUUCAACCUGCAUUUGUUACAAUUGAUUGAAUAAUGGAUUGUAAAUCAUUUCAAUCAAAAAAAUUUGAUAUUUACAAAUAAUCCUAGAGUUCAACAAAGACUUGCAAGUUUUUAUUCGUGAUGUUUCGAAUUUUUCUGCAUAUUUGUUGAUUUCUUUCAGCUGUCAAUACAACAACUCAUUUUGUUCAUAUCUAUCAAAAUGUCAAUUAAUUUGAUUGGAGUUUCAGCCUCUGGAGGCAUACCAUUAUUCUGCCGCCAGAAGAGUACGAUUUCAUCCGAGGGGAUUCCUUUUGUUAAGAUGGCUUCACUUAAUAGUGUCAACUUGUUCAGUAGACUCAAUGAUGCCAAUCUCAGGUCAACAUUUACAAAAAACAGCUCAAUUCACUGGAAAAUAUUUCGCGGAUCAAUUGUGUUGAUAUUAGUCACUACUGUCGACCAUUCUACUUCUUUUAGAGAUCUUAAUUCAUCAGCUAUGGAUCGUCUUCUGGAUUUUAUCUUUGACACUAUCAUACUGACAUGCGGACUUUCCAAACUGAUUGAAACAAACACAGAAAGUCUCAAAUCAAGUCUGAGACCAGCUUUUCCUGCUAUCGAUUAUAUCCUUGACCAACUUUACUCUGGUCAUAGUCUUCAAUUGUGCCUACAAAAAUUUGAAUAUAUUUUGACUGAAUCAUGGGCUACUUCUUUCAUGGAACCACUCGUCGAUACUGCCGCUCGUCUUGCAUCUAGCCAAUACUGUUGUCUGAUUGCUCGUCGACGUGUUGUUUGUGCUACGAAACAUUGGUGGACAAAAAUUGCGACAACGCGAGAUGGUUUAUUGAUUGUAAACUUGGUCAAUUCAUUCAACUUGAGUGAAAGUAAUUCAGCCCGUUCAAGAGAAACGACUAUUUAUUUACCAGAAAAUUGCCCAAAUAAUCCUGUUCGCUUGGUUGUGUUUUUGGUUGCACCAAAAAUGAUAAUCGUCUUUCUUUGUGGAGAAGCUCCAACAAUUCAACAGCUAAAGGAAUCGAUUGUAGAACCUCUUCGUGAAUCCCGUAAAGAUCAGGAAAUGUUUCGGAAAAUUGUUGUCGAAAAACGAAUUCCUUUAAAUCUAAAUGAGAAUAUCAUUAACCUAGUAAUCUGUCGUCAAGACAGAAACAUAUUCACUUUACUUGGUUCUCUUGAUUCAGUUAAAGUUAGAGACCUACUCAAAUUAACUGAACUUUCUCUAGAUAGACAAUCUGAUUCAUCGCUAUCUAAUUUUCAUCUGGACUGUUAUGUUAAAUUUGCAAACUACAAAGGUUAUUUUUGUGAAUCAAAUAACUUCAAAAUUUUUCUUUUAUUGCCUUUAGAGAAACAGCUAAGUGAGCUUAAGAAGAUUGGUGAUAAAACAUUAGCCUUGAUCAACAAGGAAAAAAAACUCAGGCCUUAAAUUAAUUCAAGAUAGCUCGACCGAUUAUUUUGAUAAUACUAUUAGUAUUCACAUAUUUAAUUUAAUUAUUGCAACGUUAAAAUUUACAAUCGCAACUCGGAUCAUUUCAAUGAAGAGCUAAUAUUUUUCAUGCCAUCCAUUAUACAACUAAAAUGCAUCUGGACAAACAUUGCGAUCUCCAUUAAAAUUCAAUUCAAAGCUGAAAAAUCACUACAAAUAAAUACGAAAUAAACAUUAAAAAAAGUUUGUA